CAACUGCUAAUAUCCCCCCUCUUUUAAACCGCUAUUUCCCUGAACCAUCCCACCUUCCCCCUCACUCCAUCCUUUUUCUUUCCUUCAAUGACUUCCCCUUUCCUUCUCCUCAUCUUACUCCCUUUAAUCUCUUCGCCGCCGGUAUCCGCCGACGAUCAACCGCCGGCGUGCCCGUACCCCUGCCUUCCACCUCCUCUGUCUUUCACAAACUAUCCUCCUCCGCCGCCGUCCUCACCGGACUACAUGUUGUACCCACCGCCGGUUGGGAACAUACCGUACUACCCACCACCGACGACGACUCCAUAUGAAAACUAUCCCGCGCCGCCGCCUCCUAAUCCUAUUCUUCCCUGGUUCCCCUGGUACUAUCGUUACCCCCCACCGGCAUCUCCGGCAACUUCUCCGGCGAAGUUUUCCGGCGUGUUUCUUACUGUAUUGGUUCUGGUAUCAUAUGUUCUACUUGUAUGUUAGAGAGCGAAUUUUUUUUAAUCUCGAUCUA